GAAUGGUUGGAUGGGCUGUCUAUUCCCGGCACUCUUGCCUUCAGGUGACGCAUAGCAGCUAGGCGCUCUUCAGUUGCUGUGCAGCGAUUUGACGGCUGCGGCUCUGGACCACUGCUGUUCUCUUUGGGGUGUUGCUGUCGCUGCUUCUUUUUUUUCUGUUGGCAUCUUCUGUUUGGCUCUACGACUGAGACACGGACGGAGUUGUUGAACCUUGCAUGUCCGGAGCACAGGAGACUGUCGGCGCUCCACGGCAGUGCUGCACCCCUUCACUUGUUUCUGAUGACCCACUAAUAAAGCGGAGGCAUGUGGAAUUGUAUCUGGGUUAAUUGCCUCCUAAUCGUGUGCUCGCUGUUUUCUUUGUGGGGCCAGGUGGCCCAGUGCGCUGGUUAUUUCGAGCUGCAGAUGAUCAGCGUGAUCAAUGAGAACGGCGAGCUGGCAAGCGGAGAAUGUUGCGACGGAGAGCGGAGUUCCCUGGAGGGCCGCUGCACCCGCGACGAGUGCGACACCUACAUCAAGGUCUGUCUCAAGGAAUACCAGGCGAAUGUCGCCACCGACGGCCCGUGCACCUUCGGGUCGGGAUCUACUCAAGUUAUUGGUGGGAAUACUAUUUCAUUAAAGAGCAGCGGCGUCGGCAGCAGACACCUGCAGAACAAGGCUGCCGAAGCUGGCAAGGUCGUCAUCCCGUUCCAGUUUGCCUGGCCGCGGGCGUACACCUUAAUUGUGGAAGCCUGGGACCUGGAUUAUAUCAACGGGACAGUUGUGAAUGAUCCAGACCUCCUCAUUGAGCGUUCCUCCCACACAGGCAUGAUCAACCCUGGUGAUGAUGGGCAUACUUUAAGGCACCCUGGAACUGUGGCUGCUUUUGAGUACAGAAUUCGGGUCAAGUGUGAUGAGUUUUACUAUGGAUCUCAGUGCAAAAAGCACUGCAAGCCCAGGGAUGAUUAUUUUGGCCAUUUUGUCUGUGACCUGAAUGGAAACAAAGCCUGCAUGGAAGGCUGGAUGGGCGAGGAUUGCAAGCAAGCAAUUUGCAAGCAAGGCUGCAACAUGAUGCACGGUUCCUGCGCCAAGCCUGGCGAGUGCACGUGCCAGUAUGGAUGGCAAGGCCAAUUCUGUGAUGAAUGUCUCCCUUACCCAGGCUGUGAUCAUGGGACCUGUGAAAAGCCCUGGCAGUGCAACUGUGAGAAGAAUUGGGGGGGCCUGCUGUGCAACAAAGAUUUGAACUACUGUGGGACUCAUCAUCCCUGUGUGAACGGAGGCACGUGUAUGAAUACUGAACCUGACGAAUAUCAGUGUGCCUGCCCGGACAGCUACUCUGGAAAGAACUGCGAAAUCGCGGAGCACGCUUGUGUAUCAAACCCUUGCGCCAAUGGUGGUACUUGCCAUGAAAUUCCAUCUGGAUUCGAAUGUCGCUGUCCACCUGGUUGGAGCGGACCCACGUGUGCCAUUGAUAUCAAUGAAUGUGCCUCCAACCCCUGUGCCCAUGGAGGAAGGUGCAUCGACCGUGUGAGUGGGUUUGAAUGUUUGUGCCCUGCUCAGUGGACCGGGAAGACCUGCUUGAUCGAUGCUAAUGAAUGUUUGGGGAAACCUUGCCUUAAUGCUUACUCAUGCAAAAAUUUUAUUGGUGGAUAUUACUGUGACUGCUUUCAAGGAUGGUUCGGCCGCAACUGUGACUUGAACAUUAACAUCUGCCACAACCAGUGCCAGCACGGAGGGUCAUGCGAGCAGGAUGAAGUGAAUGGGUAUCACUGCCUCUGUCUUCCAGGAUAUGCUGGCAGGCACUGUGAGAUCCAGACCAACCAAUGCACUGAGAGCCCUUGUCUGAACGGAGGGCACUGCUUAAUUAGCGAGGAUGGCUUUCACUGUCAGUGCCCCCAAGGUUUCAUGGGACAUCUCUGUGAGGAGAGACGUGACCGGUGCCUCCCAAAUCCCUGCAAGAAUGGAGCAUCCUGCUUGAAACUUGAAGGGGACUAUUAUUGUGCCUGCACAGAUGAUUAUGAAGGGAAAAACUGCUCCAAGUUCAAAGACCACUGUAAAAACACACCAUGUGAAGUCAUUGACAGUUGCACCAUAGCGGUGACAACCAACGGUUCUGAGGAUGGACAACGUCUUAUUUUAUCUAGUGUCUGCGGGCCACAUGGACGCUGCGUCAGCCAGCCAGGAGGGAAUUUCACUUGUGCUUGUGCAAAAGGAUUUACUGGAACCUACUGUCAUGAGAAUGUGGAUGACUGCAUCUCAAGACCCUGCAAGAACGGAGGCACGUGCAUCGAUGGUGUCAACUCCUUUCAGUGCUUCUGUCCUGAUGGGUGGGAAGGAGUGUUAUGUGACCUCAAUGUGAAUGACUGCAGCCAUAAUCCGUGCAAGAACAAUGGGAAAUGCUUGGAUUUGGUGAAUGGCUUCUAUUGUGAAUGUCAGAAUGGCUGGAAAGGCAAAACCUGUCAUUCUCGUGAAAAUCAGUGUGAUGCUACCACUUGCAGCAAUGGUGGGACCUGCUAUGAUGAGGGUGAUGCCUUCAGCUGCUCUUGUCCCCCUGAGUGGGGAGGGAGCACUUGUAACAUUGCCAAGAACAACAGCUGCAUGCCCAAUCCUUGCCACAAUGAUGGAACGUGUGUUGGUGGUGGCGACAACUUCACCUGCAUUUGCAAAGAAGGAUGGGAAGGGCAGACGUGCACUCAGAACACCAAUGACUGCAAUCCAUACCCUUGUUACAAUGGUGGCAUCUGUGUGGAUGGCAUAAACUGGUUUCGAUGUGAAUGCGCUCCAGGAUUUGCUGGCCCUGACUGUAGAAUCAAUAUUGAUGAGUGUCAGUCUUCACCAUGUGGCACAGGAGCCACUUGUAUUGAUGAAAUAAAUGGAUUCAGAUGCAUCUGUCCUCCUGGGAGAGCAGGUCCUCGAUGCCAAGAAGUUGUUGAAACGGGAAAGCCAUGCUGGUAUGCUGGGUUACACUUUCUCCAUGGUAGCUGGUGGGAGCAGGAGUGCAACACAUGCAAGUGCGGCAAUGGCAAUGUGGCCUGCACCAAGGUUCUCUGCGGGAGAAAGCCGUGCCUUUUACGCCUCCGAGCUGGACAGGAUAGUCAGUUGUGUCCCAUGGGUCAGGAAUGCCUCGAGUCACCAGCUCCUGUUUGCUUCUCUGCACCGUGCCAUGACUGGGGUGUCUGCAGUGCUCCAGACCCCUUUCAUGUCGUAAACACAAAGUGCCGCACAAAUACUGGCUACUUGGACAACAGUUGUGCACGAAUCACUUUGAUCUUCAACAAGGAAAAGGUUCCGCAGGGCACCACUGUGGAAGGCAUCUGCACAGAGUUACGAUAUCUGCCAGAAACUAGGAUGCUCGCUACAGAGAAGUCACUGCUGAUGUUGUGUAACCUCUCCCACUCAAAUGAGAACGCCAUUGAAGUUGCCAUAUCCUUUGAGAGCGAGGAGCAAGAUCCCACACUCAUUCAGGAUGCCGCAAGUACCAUCAUCAACAACUUGUCCAAAAGACCAAACAGCACCGUCAUGCUGGCUAUCGUGGAGGUGAAGGUGGAGACGCAGGUCCAAGGGACUUCAACAAAUUACUUGGUUUCUGCACUCUGUGUGGUCUUCAGCAUUCUGUGCAUCUUCUGUAUCGCAAUCUGCAUCUGGUGGAUCAGAAAACGGAGAAAGAGGAAUAGAAGGCCGCCAGUGAUGGAGGAGGGUCCAAACAACCAAUUGGCGGCAUUGAAUCCCAUUAGGAACCAACUUGAUGGGCCAUGCAGUAACCUAGACAUUCAGCAUGAAUGUAAAAAGCUCAUGUCCCCUCUGAACAGAACUUGUGAUGGAGAGGGUGACGAGGAGGAGGAGGAGGAAGAGGGGGAGCAGCUGGGGGGCGUGCAGGUUGACAAGUGCCCCCCCUACAAAUGCACUAAGACUUUUUUGCCGUCAAAGGGGGACGGGGUGAACACUGCGAGCAGCAGCCCAGUCAAGCAGCCCCAUCGGACCACCUACGGCUCCAAGGACAAUAGAUGUAAAAAUGUAAAUGCAGCUGUCAAUGACAACGUAAAAGACAUUUAUGUAUGAAAGGGGGUUAAAAAUGGGGG